AUGCCACCUCCCAAAGCAAACCUUCCUCCGCCGGCGGAGCCACGAUACAGCCGCAACUUCGACCCAUGGAACUGCGUUGGGACCGGCCAUCAACGCGCCGAGACCCGCGGGCCGCAGGGAUGGCGCGAGUCGCGCAACUUGAAGAUGAGCAGCCAGUUCCGCGCCGGCAACUCGGGUGGUGAACGCGUCUCGGACACCGUCGGGGUCGGGUCCGAAGACUUUGACGAGCGCAUCGGCAUGCUUGUUCCCAAGGAUGUUCGGGUGCGCGCAAAGAAGAGCGUGGUCGGUAUGCUACACAACCCGGGGAUUAUGAAGCCGAAGCCGGCGUCUCGGCAGCCUUUCCCGUCGGCGGCAUCGGCAUCGGCAUCUUCUUCGCCGUCGUUAACGAUGUCUCGGCCCGGCCUGCCACAGGAGAAGGGGGUAUCGGGUGCGCCGGUUGAAGAAAUUGGCGGCGAUGAUCCUCGUGGGCUCACGGCCGAAGAGAACCUGGCCCAGACCCGCAAGGCGGAAGACGAAGAACGAGACGAAGAGAGGAAACGGCGGUCGGAGGAGCGGAAGAUCUUUGACGGCCUCAUCAUCUACGUCAACGGCAGCACUCACCCGCUCGUGUCCGACCACAGGCUGAAGCAUCUCCUAUCGGGGAACGGAGCGCGGGUGUCUCUCCACCUGGGCCGUCGUCAGGUUACUCAUGUUAUCUUGGGGAAACCGUCCACCGGCCCCGGCGGAGGUGCCGGCGGUGGGCUGGCGAGCGGCAAGCUGGAGAAGGAGAUCAGGCGUGUCGGAGGCUGCGGCGUCAAGUUUGUUGGUGUCGAGUGGGUACUGGAGAGCAUCAAAGCCGGGAAGCGGCUGCCCGAAGCGCGCUUCGCCAAUCUCAAAAUCGCCGCUCGGCGCCAGCAGAGUGUUCUCGGGGCCUUCUCGAAGACCGACGGAAACACGCAGCAGCCAGCCGCGGUGCCCCCUAGAAACUAA